CCGCCUCCGGAGAAGAACGACAGAAAAUGGCGAGUCAGUGUAAAAAGCAGCAAUGCACCAUCGACAGGCGCGGCUUUCGGCAAGAACUUGACUCGUGGCGGCACAAACUCAUCCACUGUGUAGUGGGCCUUAGCGAUGUGCUUUUGUCCGACCACUCCCACCCCCUCUCCCUCCCCAACUAAAAAGCAGCAGUUUUUAUAUCCAUUAAUGGUCUUGUUUUGAGAGCAUUCUUGAAGGUCUGUUUGGCACAGAACUGGUUGAAGACCUCCAACUAUUUAAGGACUUGGAGCCUGUCGCAGUGUCUGAUUGGUCAUUUGAUAAAAAAUGUUUAUUCUGCUGUUUUAGAAGAGACAAAGUUAAGGAACACUUGAUUGGCUUAAGUAGCGAGGAGAGUCAAGAUCCACUCAAACCUCUGGUGGUGAAAGAUCAGACCACCAUCAGCAAAUUAGAGAAGCAAGCUGAGGAAUUUCUCAAUGCAGUCCUCUGUAAUAAAGAUGUGCCAAGUUUCUCCGAUCCACACAUCCCAGUAGUGGCGCGGGAGAUCCUCCAGAAAAUGAUCCGACAGUUUGCCGCUGAAUAUACCUCAAAAACCAGCUCUCCUCAGGAUAGUGACUCAGCGCCACAGCCAAGCGCCGACCAAAGCCCGCAGACCCCAGACGUGACUCCUGGGGCCUCACCAAGCAGCCCCGCUGCCACCGUGGCGGGGCCCGCACACAGCCACAACCCUGUGCUCAGCAAGCUCCUCAUGGCUGACCAAGAGGCUCCUCUUGACCUCACCAUUAAAAAGACCCCGUCUGAGCCCAGUGAACAAGAGGGAGUCCUUGACCUGUCUAUCAAAAAGAGUCGCAAUUGCAGCAGCAGCAGCUUACCGGUCCCCAGUCCGCGCCUUACACCCAAGUUGUCUGCAAUCAAAGGUGAGUGUCAGGACGUGCGCAUUGCAAAGGUGAAAGAACUCCAGUCCACCUCAACACUGGAACAGUUCAUGGCUAAGCUCUGCCGCCACCAUCAGAGAACGAUUGUUGACGCCAUAGGUUUCCUGCAGAAGGAGGUCGCAACCUCCAAGACACGGCAAAGUAGUGACACUGGAAUCCAAGGAGCAACCAGCUCCACUCCAAAACCUGGCACAGUCACGCCUGAGAAGUUUCUUAGUAAAUCAACACCAAAAUUUGAAGUUUUGGAUAUGUCAUGUUCUAUCCAAAGCUGUAGUGUCACAGAAAGAAAUCCAGAGACAGUAGUUCCAUUGACAUCUGUUGGUGUUUGCUCCAGGGUGGGUCUCCAUAGCCCUGGGUCCAGGAGCAACCAAGUUCAUAUUCCCAUGGAUGCAGAGAACAACCGCAAUGGUGAUCAUGCACCUCUCAAGAUGAAAAUCAUGAAAAGUAGUAAUGUUGCCGCUGGUAAAAAGUUAUCGUGUGUGCUGACAACCUCGCUUACAUCAGACUCUGAUUCGUUGGAGGACAAGCAAAGUAACUCAAAUUCCCUGAACGCAAUGAACACUCGUAGCGCUAGACUCAGCUCAUCUCUGAAAAGACAAUAUCAAUUAAGUCAAAUGCAUCAUGCAAGGCAGAGCAGAGCUGCGUGGAAAGCUGAAGGUGUUCCACCCAAGCAGUGUAGCGCAGAUUUACCACGAACUGCCAGGAAGACCAUCCGGCCAUCGGCUCAUCAACCCCCUAGACACUCUCCUUACAGGACAGUUGAUCCUGAUCUUGGCCACUGUGACAUUGUUUACAUUGACAAACCAAUUACAGAGUGUUUUAAAGAUAAACGUAAUUUGAUUCCCCGUCGCAAUGCUAGAAAAAGCACUAGGGGACAUUUGUACUCGGAUGAAAUCUGGGAGUUAAAAACUGUCCGCACCUUGGCUGGCAGAGGUAAUCUUAAUCCGAUGCCAGAGUUGAUUACACUGGUUACCCCCAAACAAAUGCUUUCCAAGCCUGAAGGUGUUCCCCCGAUAGAUAUGCCUUUUGCUUCAGCAUGUCGAGAGAUUAUAAGUGAAGGCACAUGCUCAGAACAGACUGUUGAGACGAUAGUUCCAGGGACAGGAGAUAUUGUUGAAGUGGCAGCCGGUGAAGUCGAAACAGUUGUCGUAGAAACUAGUCAGACAGAUCAAGCUCAGAGCCAGUUGGAGACCCCCUUCCGUAAAACAUACUCUCUCACAGAAAAGACAGUAAAAGAUGGCACAACAAAUGUUGAAUCAUACCAGUUAAAACAUGAUCAACCUUCUGAAAGUGAGGAACAAGUACCACAUGCUUCAUUUGAAGAGGCAACGCAAAAGGAGAAUGAGCCCGAACCGGAAACGAAUGAAUCUACUGGCAAAGUCAUGUCAGAAACAGCUGUAGAACAAUCAGGCAAAAAGAACGAGCAAAAAGUUGAAUCUCAGAUUUCAUGUGCAAAUAUGCAGACCAGUGAGCUGGUUACGCUUCAUAUUAGCACACCAUCACCCAUGACUCAUCCAGAAAACCAAGAGACUGAAAAGGCCAUAGGCAAUGCGAGAUCCCAAGAACCACACCAGAAUGUACGCUCUGAAAACAGACAAAACACCAGAAAGUCCAGCAACUCUGGUUCUGCUGACCAGAUAAAGAGUGAACUCGAAAUUCCAUCGGCCGCUGUAAAAAGUGUUGAGCCUGUAGCGACAGUAGAACAAGAUGAUACAUAUGAUAUUUCUUCAAAGACACUUGAUACACUCUUAAAGGAAUUACCUCCUUGGCGUAGAAAAAAAGGCACCGUUAUCUCUCUGCCAAAGAGGUUACAACAAGCAAAGACGAUAAUCGUGGGCUAUGUUAAUGGAAGACCUGUAUCGGCCUCUGACAGAAGCCUGCGCCGUAGAUCAAACUCCAGUAGCACCUCACCAGUCAAACAAACUCAGAAAGUACCGAAACAAGAUGAGGUUGACUCAACUGAGACUAAUUUGGAAAAGAAUUUCCCUGAAACAGAAAUGCCCAAAGAAUCCAUCGUGAGCACACCUGAGUGUCCACAAGUUUCAGCAUCUGACAUACCAGAAAGCCCAACAAUUAAACCCUUACCCAAAUCCAAUCCAACCCACCAGCACAAGCUCGUUCAGCAAGAUGAACCAACAGAAACCAAACGACAACUCAGAUCAACUGUCCAGAAACCAGAUGAAACUCUUGCACCUUCUUCAAAUGUGGUCCCAUCCAUUUCACCUCUAAAACCUGCUCCCCCAGCGCUGUAUCCUUUUUGUCCUUCUCCUCUGGCAGAGUCAUUACCACCUGUACCCCCUGAACCAUCACAAAUGAGCAUCGGACCAAACACACCAGUGAUAUUAAACAUCGAGCAAACUCAAUCAAUAGAAGAAACCCCGAGUUUGCUCGUCAGACAAAAGUUAAGGUCUUCAAAGAUGGGAGGAAAGGAAAGUAAAAAUGAGAACCAGCAGCUUGGUGUAGAGUCAAGCAGUCCAAUGGAGGAUCAGGCUUCCCAUAAGACUGAAACAUCCACAACUGAAACAAGAGGAAAACGUGUUCUUAGAAUGGAGCCCAUGACACAGAAUGCUAAUGUGCCACCUUCAGUUGACAAUUCUGGAAGUUCACAUCUUAACAGCACCUGUCGAGUAGACAAACCCACAAGAAUGCCACUGAGGAGUGAAAGUAGCAAAGCCGAACAGUCUCCCCUACCCGCCCCUCAAUCCCCACCAGACAACAAGAAGCUUUCUUUGCGAUCACAAAGGUUGUCUUCACCUUUUCCCGGUUUAGUCUCAGCAUCUGUAAAGAACACUGAAGUGGCAUCACUGACCAGAACAUCUCCAGAGAAAAUAACGAGAACUCAGAUGAAGGGUGCUUCAUUAUCAACUGUAUCAUCAAUUGCCCCUGUUAUGGGACCAAGACACCAGCCGCGCAAACAGAUCAACAAGUUCUUAGAGACACUGACUGGAGAAGAAAAUAAACAGCUACUUACUAACUUGAACCUCAAAUAUGACAAGAUGCAGAAAGGCUGGUUGCAAAUGGAGAGAGAUGGCCAGACAACAGCAAAAUAUAAAAACAAAGCAGACAGGCAGGCUGCCAUUUGGAAAAGUAAGCGCAGGGCCCGCAAGCCAAAGUCAUUAGAGCACCAGAAGUGCUCACCGGUGCAAUUGCUCUUCAUGAAGGACUACAAGCUCUCCAGUAUUUGUCGCUGGUUCCUGGAGUCAACUGAAACAAAGUCUCUCAUCAUUGUUAAGAAAGUAAAUACGCGUCUUCCGUCUGAAACUCAGCUUUGCUUUCACAGCUCGUCCAGCGGAUCAGGAGCCUCUCAGGGUGUUUUUCCAAGCUUACAGGCAGAGCGUUUAAAGAAGCAUCUCAAAAAGUUUGCCGUCACCUCUCCUGUAAAGAGCAACCCCAAAAGUCAAAAGCUGAUAGCCAAGGCCCUGGAGCCAGAGACGGCCUCCGUUAAAGGCAAAGAGAGGCGAGAUCAUCUCAGCGGUGCUCACACUUCCAAACAAUCGGACAUCUGGCUUGAUGCUCAGGGACAAGGUGAACCCCAGAAAGCUCCCGGCAAGCCUAAGAAUCCGGCGAGUGCCAGGAUUUUGAGAAAAUACUCCAACAUCAGAGGAAAGAUGCAGGUUCAGCAAACCAACGUGCGUUUAAAAGGUGUCCCCAAUAACUUAAAAGCAAGCAGAUUGAAAAGACUUAACACAAAAUCCGUUUCUGAGUCAGUUGUCCUUCCUCCUCUGAAGACACCAAAAAUCCCCCUACCUGCUACCAAGACCUUGAAAACCACAAAAAUCUUAAGAAGGAAAACAUUUGCCAGGAAGCGGGUGAUGAGACGUCGGGCCGCCAAAGCUCAGCAUGUCAGUCGGGUAACAAGGUGCUCACAACGACUGAGUUCUGUAGUCGGCUUAUCGAAGAGCAAAGUGGCCAAAAAAACAUCAGAAGAGGACAAAGAUGCGGAAAACGGCACAAAUGCUGGCAAGUGUCAAACAAAUGACUCGCUGGAAAUCAGAGAUGCUUCAGAGGCCACCUUGCAAGAUGUGGAUGUCAAGCCUCCAAGUGUCACUGACCAGGUGUUGACAAGAUCCCAGAGAAAAAUGGAAGCGGUGUCAAAGAGGUCCAAGUUAGCUAAGGAACAAGCAGCUCUCAAGCUAGCCAGGAAGGCCGAGCUCAUGAGCAAAAAAGGUGCUGUAAAGAGAAAUCUCUCUGCCGUUUGGUCGCGUACCAGAUCGCAGGAACUCCUGGCAACUCCCGUUAAGCGCACCAGGACGUCCAGAUGAAACUGACCUUUUUGAUCUGGAACUCUAAUCAGGAAAAUCUUGAAAGAUCUUGGAAAAGUAAGACCUCACUAAAGUCAGUAUGCAAACGUCUUUGGUAAGGCUUUGACUUGACAAACUGCAAAUGCGCUGCUUUGCUGGGUGUCAGCUCAGCGCUUCAGGGACUGCACGCGUACCACGGCUUUUUUUUUUUGUUUUCUCACACAACUGGACAAGACAAAAACCUCAUUUCUGUUUUUGCUGGAGUCUGUGGCAUCUAGCUGACACUAAAUCAUGUUCCCUCCAUUACCUUUCCUCAUGAAAUGAAAACUUGACAUCCUCCAACCUGCCUUCCAAUCACAGUCGAUGGCCAUGUGACUGUCCUGACCAGGUGCCUUAUUUAUAAAGUUAAAGAAUGUUUCUAAAUCUGAACUGUCCUUCCUGUCGGUAGUUUGAAAACAAAAGCGUAUGCAAAUAAUUUCCUCGUGUUAACUUGACGGACAAGUGUAUUUUUUGAUGCCCACUUUCAUAGCAUUAACUCUAUUGCAUUAAGUUAAAGUACUUUGUUUUAUUCAAGGACGUGACCUUUAUUUAUGUCAAGAUGCAUUCAAACAACCGACGAGCAAGCCUGCCAGGAAAAUGAUGAACUGCUGGGGAUGUUUUAGUCGUAGGAAGCCUGUGGAGCAUUAAAGGAACAUUACAGGCUGUUUGAAUUCACAUUUAACACUUUUAUCUCUUUCAAUUUCACCCUCCUUGAUGUCGUAAUGUGAAGCCACACUAUGAGUAUCAUUUUGUUUUUUUUUGUUAGCACUGUUUCUAUUUCAUCCUGUCACAUGUACAAUAAAUGCAGACCCCCCUCCUCCUUGUUAUUAUCGUUAUUUAAGUACUGGGUGUCACCACCUAAAUGUAGCCCAUAUGAAACAAUCCACCAAAUAUUCAAACUUGAACAUGUUUAUUCUCUACACUUGCUAUUUAAUUAUUUUUGUUUUGUAUAUUAGACAGAGUGCUUUAUUUGUGGUAAUCUCAAAAAUGAACCGUGCUCAUGUGAAGAUGGUUGUAUUUUUUGCUGGAGUUGACAUAAAGAUGGCUGAAUUUGUUUA